AUGAGUUUGGAUCGGAAAGUUAAUCCAGGUGUGUGGGAUUGGCUCUCUGUCGUGUCGCUGGUGCCAGCAACGGUUGGUUUGGCCUGCCUUGGUUUUGUUCAUGAUGGUCCUGGAUACUGUGCAGUCUACACCGGCGCAGCAGGAGCUUCCGCCGGGAUGUUCAAGGCCAUGCCGAAUGCGUGCCAUCAUAGCCGAGGACUAUUUCGAAUGGGUGACGACGCCACUGGACCACCGGAAGGAUUUGGAGCUCGAAAGCUUGAAAGCUUGGAGCCUCCGGACUACACGAGGCCGUUCAAUUCACUAGCCACAGCUCGAUUAGUUUAA